AUGGCUACCUUUUCAAAAUCCAGUUUCAAGACAUUAAACUACAAUUCAUUUCGUCCACAUUAUCCACCUUCCUUUUACAAGAUCUUGAGUGAAUAUGUUCAAAAGGGGCAAAAUCAACAUCAGUUACCGGUAAACAAAGCAAUUGAUUUAGGAUGUGGUACAGGCGUUGCAACUUACCCACUAUUGAACUUUGUUUGUGACGUAAUUGGUUUGGACUUGUCGCCUCCAAUGAUUGAAACUGCUAAUUCGUUAAUUCAACAACGUUUAAAAGACAUGGGGUUAGACUCAAAGGAUCCGAAAAUAGCAUUCAAAGUUGGUUCGGCCGAAAGUUUUGUCAAUGACCAAGAAAGUGUCGAGUCAGGGUCAAUAGACUUGAUCACGGCUGCACAGUGUAUUCAUUGGUUUCAAGACUAUGACAGUUUCUUCCAAAGUGCUGCCAAGUUAUUGAAAAGAGGCGGAACAUUGGCGUACUUCUACUACAUUGAUCCAAUGAUUAUUGAUUUUACUGGUCCGUCGAAAGGAGACAAAGAGGAAAUUUUGGAAAAGGCGUAUGAGAUCUAUUUGAAGUUUGCUUACAACGAUCCAAAUUUGAUUGGUCCACAUUGGGAGCAACCAGGAAGAGACAUUUUGAAACACUUUUGUGAAGAGGUAAACUCGCAUAUACCACAAGAUCAAUUCACUGAUGUUACUAUUAACACUUACCGGGCAUCACCUAAGAAUCCCAGAGCUGAAGAGUCUAAAGACUUGGACUUGAAGAAGUUGAGCAUUAGCUUGCACGACUAUUUGGCUUAUUUUGAAACCUAUAGCGGAUUUCAUAACUAUAAGGAAAAAAGUGGGAAUGCAGGUUUGAUUCAAACCGAUUUCGUUAAAGAGUUGGUUGAAGCGACAGGAUGGGAUUUGGAGAAGACUGCGGUAGACUUAGUCAAGACCAAUCGGUUUAUAAAUAACCAAUACCCACAAAAUUCCAUAACAUUCCCUAAGCCAAUCUCGUCAAUCAGAGAGUCCACGGUCUAUUAUGCAAUUGGUCAUCCCGAUGACGAAGUUAUGUUUUUUUCUCCGACGAUAUUGGAGUUGUCGAAGCCAAAGUACAACAACACAAUCAAACUAAUAUGUUUUUCAAGAGGAGAUGCUGUAGGUGAAUCAAUGGGUCCAAUUCGCGUUAAAGAGUUGUAUAAGUCGGCUGGUAUACUUGGAAUUGACCAUAAUGAUGUUACUGUGUUGAAUUACAAAGACGGAAUGAACGAGUCAUGGCCAGUAGAAGAUAUCCAAGAGUCAUUGAAACUGAUCAUUAAUUUCAAGAGCAAAGACCAUGCGCAGGUGAUAAUCACAUUUGACGAGUUUGGAGUUUCUCAUCACCCAAAUCACAUCGCCUUGUAUCAUGGAGCGAAAGCAUUUAUAAAAAACUCACUCAAGAACAAUGUCAAGUUGUACAAACUUAAAAGUUUAGGGUUUUUGGAAAAGUACAGUUUUACAUUCUUGACAAAUAUUGAGUUGUUUGUUGACUACGUUUCCACUCUCAUUCAAAAGUUUGUGCCGGUCAAUAUCACGAUUAGCUUUUUUGAGCCAAAAAAUUCGUCAACAUCAAUCCAGAUAUAUUCUGACUUGAACAUGCUUGCCUGCAGUUAUGCAGCUAUGGGGUAUGGUCAUUAUAGUCAAAUGGUGUGGUUCAGAUACGGAUGGUUGAUGUUGAGUAGAUAUCUUACAUACAAUCAGUUGAUAGAAGUCAUUAGCUAA